CAAGCUACUAAUAUAUCCACGUAGCUGUAAUUUCCAUAGUUCUACUGCGCAUGCGUGUUGCUAAUGGGGAUACAUGUCGAAAAUGCAGAUCAGUUUGGGACAUAUAAACAUAGUCUUGCAGAACAUGCCACAUAUGACGGAUCUUAGUAUAGAAUCUUCACAGCCGACUAAAUAUUGAACCUCAAUGGCAGUUUUAAAUUCAUUUUUCACGACUUCAAUACGUGUAGCAGUUUACCGAGCAAGAUCUAUAAGCAUAUUUAAGGCUUCCAUCGUUGCUGGAAAGAGGAGACAAGAACCAAGAACCCGGAAACAAAAACUCGAAACAAAAACAUAUAUACCAAAACCAGCUACAGCAGAAAUUCAGCGAAAACUUUUAAUCGCAAGUGACGUAAAAGAGGCAUAUGCUCAUCAUCAGUAUAGCACAGAUGGGACGCAUCCAAUGUUGAAUUCCAGAACACUGGAUAGAGGCAGACAUUAGUAGCAACUAAUCUCAAAUUAUCUUUGAUGUACUUUUUUUGUUUGUGAAUUUGUAUAUAUUUACUUAUAAAUUUAUGUUUAUGUUUUUCCAUUUUUGGUCUUUCUGGAUAGAUUUUGUGUAGUCAUUGUUAAAACAUCAGUUUUCAAGAUGAAUAGAAACAAAAACGUACAAUUUAAAGAAUCCGCUUUCUACCAGCAUGAAACUGAAAAUAACGGAGACAGUAGUAGCUUAGUGGUAAGAAUUUUAUGCGAGGCUGGCCAGAAUGUUUUGCCACAUAUUGACAGCUUAACAAAUAUAUUUAAAAACAGUCUGAUUCUGUAUGAAAGUGGAAAGUCAGUUGUCUUCACACAACUAUCGUCUGAUCUGGUUGACAAGCUAGAAGAUUUUACUGGAAAAAGUGAUCUUAGACUGAAGCUCGAAAGCAUAGGUUGUUGGUCGGUGAUGUAUGAUUCUUUCUUGAUUUACAAACUGAACGAUAAAGACCAACUAGUUUUACCAAAGGUCCAGAGAACGGAACUUCUCUUUGAACGAUUAAAGGGUAAACAUCCAGUACAACCCGUGUAUGUAAACUUUGCAGAUUUAUUUCUAGACGGCUACCAAUGUGGGAGUUAUCUGCCUUCUAGAACGUUGAGGGAUAACAAAUUAAUGGAAAGUUAUAAAUACAUCUCUUUAAACCCUUCCAAGCGGAUAAUAUCGCUGAAAAGGUUAAGAAAAGUUAAUAUAUAUACUUCCAGAACUUCAUCGUUUGCUUUUCCAUUGUCAGGAGAAAUUUCAAAAUAUGAAAACUUUCCACAACAAGUUUCUGAAGAGCAGAGUGGAACCGAGAGGAGUGUUUUCGCGUUUUCUAAUGGGUUGUCUUUGGCAUAUACAACUGAUCAAGCCUCAAGCCUAGCUAUAGGUGAAAGUGUGUAUAGAUACCACAGAUACAAUGCUGCUACAGAGAGUGAAAGUUCACAUUCUAGUAAUAUUAGACAAUUUACAGGAACUCCUUCGAGUACUUCACAACGGUCAAGACAUCCUAAUUAUUUGGAAUACAAUAAUAGACUACGAUCAUAUGCUCGCUGGACACACAGAAGCCCCGAUCCUGUUACCUUAACCAAAGCCGGCUUCUUUUAUACGAAUGAAGGAGAUCUUGUCAGAUGUUAUCAAUGUGGUAUUGGCCUGAAGGAUUUCUCUGAUGGAGACGAUCCUUUAAAGGAACACGUGAGGCAUUCUAGUAGUUGUCUUUAUUUGAUUCAGUUGCUAGGAGAGUCAAGGCUUACAGAGUGGAAGAGAAUACUCCAAGCCAACGACCCGGAAUUGAACCGACAAAGGCAGUUGAAUGAGCGACAUAAUAUUAGUGCAGUGGCAAAUAACUUUCGUCAUCCCGAAUAUCAGACGUUAGAAUCCCGUUUGGAAACAUUUACCAACUGGCCAGCACAGAUGACACAACGGCCGGAACAGUUAGCUGAUGCUGGGCUAUAUUACACUGGUUUUGAGGACCAUGUGCGUUGUUUUGCCUGUGACGGCGGACUACGUCGCUGGGACCCAGAGGAUGAUCCAUGGAUAGAACACUGUCGAUGGUUCCCUGCUUGUCCAUUUGCUAAAGAAAAGAAGGGAGAUGAGUAUAUUGCCUUGGUCCAGGCAGCCGUUGCCUUAGAAAAUGAGGGGAACGAAUCAACUCAGUCGCGUGGUCCGGAUCUGUCAGGGGCUAUGGAACAGAUGACUCUCAGAGAUCCAGAAUUUAGAGCCGCACUAAAUGAACAUAAAGACGCGUGUCUAGAGAUGGGUUAUCAGUUAACAGAUUUUAACGAAGGAGUGCAGGAACUUAGAAACAGAGGCACUAUAAAACCUACUAUUGAAGAAAUAAUUGAUGUUAUCGAAGUUAUCAAAGCAAGGAAACUGCAAGACAGUGCAAAACAAGCCAGACAAAAUGAAACACCACUGGAAGAAAAUCAGCGUCUAAAAAGUUAUAUCAUAUGUAUGUCAUGUGGUCGGAAUAACGUGAAUGCUCUGUUUUUACCUUGCACGCACCAUCGCAUGUGUAUGGAGUGUGCAGAACGCAUUACCCAUUGCCCAGUGUGUAAAAAAUAUAUACGUCAAAAAAUCAGGACCUACUUGGUGUAACUGGACUGAACAAUAAAGUUUCAUAACGCGGGGAUGUCAAAGGUUAACAAAACCUCUUUCUUGAACAGUCAAUAACUCUUCCAUCCAUUAAGGGAUUUUGAUUUUUAAAGGUCAGGUCACACUGAGAGAUGCUGUUUACAAGGCACGGUACUUGGACGUACGAUGGCACGGUAAUGGUUAAGAACUCAGUCCGUAAGGUACAUCGCAACACCUGUGAAAACGACUUGAUGAAGGUCAAAAGUCCUGAACCAAUUCCAGCUCAGCCACAAAAUAAACCAGAAUCUACUUUAUAUCAUGGAGCAGACGUCAAUUUGGACUAAAAUUUUUAUUGUAUUUGCACUUUUAGUAAACAAUAUAUAUACAACAGUACCUGUGCAAAAUUACUGAACCGUACAGUAAAACAAACUUGUAAAAUUCACCUGGAUAAUAAAACGCUAUAUAGUACUGGGUGCUAUUAAAGGAGGACUUGAUUUUAUAAAACUUGAGUGAUCUUAUAGCAAAUAUCACAAUGUGUUUUUGAUUUGUAUGGGCCACUAAUUAAUAUUGACAAUAUAGUCAUGUUUCUAUAUUCGAAAUUUAAUUUUCGCUACAAGAUUGAAAGAUAUAUAAUACUAGUUUUGUAUUUUGUAUGAAACUUUUCAUUGUAAAUACACAUUUUCUUUUUGCAGUGAUGCUCUAUUAGUAAAUAUCUGUGUUGAAACAUGUUAAUAUUUGUAGUACCUAUGUAUAUCAGAUAAACUUGCAGUACAUGUAACGUACUUUAUAUAGUUACUAUAUUAAGUUUGACAAUGAAAAUAAAACCCAGGUAAUUUGUUCUUUGGAACAUGGGGUCAUGUAUAAAGUAAAUUCCUUUUUAGACUGAUAUCACUUAGAAGAUGCUGUCGUUUUGUUGGUGUUUUUUCGUUUCUUAUCUAAAUCUUUAUAUCUUAUGCUAAAUAACAAUUUUAUUUC